GGUAUUUGACGGAUUUUCAUUGCGAGUACCAAGUGGCACUACCAUGACCCUAGUUGGAGAGAGUGGCUGUGGGAAGUCAACCGUGAUCAAUUUAGUGGAGAGAUUCUACAUCCACAGGCUGGACAAGUCUUGGUUGAUGGAGUUGACAUUAGAAGAAUGAAUCUUGGGUGGAUAAGAGGAAAAAUUGGUCUUGUUAGCCAAGAACCAGUGUUGUUCUCAACUACGAUCAGGGAGAACAUUGCAUACGGGGUGGAAAAUCUAACUCUUGAAGACAUCAAGGAAGCUACCGAGCUUGCAAAUGCAGCCAAAUUCAUUGAUAACUCUCCAAGUGGUCUUGACACAAUGGUUGGUGAACGUGGAAUUCAACUGUCUGGAGGCCAAAAACAAAGAAUAGCAAUUGCUAGAGCAAUUGUAAAGAACCCUAAGAUCUUACUACUUGAUGAAGCAACUAGUGCAUUGGAUAUGCAAUCAGAGAGGGUAGUACAAGAAGCUUUGAAUAGGGUAAUGUUACAAAGGACUACUAUUAUUGUUGCUCAUCGUCUCAGCACAGUGAAGAAUGCUGAUGUGAUAUCCGUCCUUUCAAAAGAUGGUGGAACAAGGUACCAAAUGAGUGCGGCCUGCAUGGGAAGUGGGAGUAGCAUAUUCUGCAAGAACACACAUUUUCUUUUAUACCUGCUUAGUCUAUCUUCAUUAAUUCUAAGAGCACAAAUGGUUAAACUGGGUUGUUUUAUUCCUUUCAUGGUUGAGACGUCUUAUGGUUGGUUGGGAUAACUUAUUUUGUUGUUGGGAUGGGCUGUGAUGCUUAUUCUUCAUUUGUAUGCUAAUUUGAUAUCUUGUAUUAUAAACUGCUUGUCCAGUACAUCCUAUUUAUAGGGGAAACUCUGUCGAAAUUUUGUAUUAUCUUUA